AUGUCCAAGUCUGAGCUCAUCCUGGUUACGGGCGCGUCUGGAUUCAUUGGGUCCCAUGUCGUUGUCCAGUUACUGGAGGCUGGGUAUCGCGUGCGGGGCACCGCCCGUGGCGCCAAGACGGAUGUACUGCGUUCGGCGUUCACAAACCCCAACUUCGAAAGCACUGCUAUUGACGAUAUCACGACGAGCGACUUUACUUCUGCUUUGCAGGGCGUCGAUGCCGUCAUCCACGUCGCUUCUCCCCUAGCAGGGCGCGAGUCUCCGGAAGUUACACUCAACAGCGCAGUCGAGGGCACGCUCAAUAUCCUUCGACAAGCCGUCAAGGCAGGCGUCUCCAACGUAGUCCUCACCAGCAGCUGGGCCACAACCAUUGAUCCCGGAUCGUCCUCAUUCACGGGCGUAACGUUCACUGAGAAAGACUGGGGCAAAAUCACCAAGGAGCAGCUAUUCAACCCUGAGCUGAACGCCCUCGCCGUCUACUGCGGCACCAAGAUCCUCGCCGAGCACGCCGCAUGGGAGUUCGCGCGGGCGAACUCCGAGCUCGACCUCGCCACCAUCAACCCACCCUUCGUCUACGGCCGACCAGUGCCCGGAGUCGCCUCGGGUUCCGGCAUCAACUCCCUCGGUACGAACGGUCUCUUGUACCAGCUCAUCGCCGGCGAGCCCGGCCGGCCGCUCCCCCCGCAGAUCCCGCCGUUCUACUGCCACGUACAGGAUGUCGCACGUGCGCAUGUCCUCGCUCUCAGACUACCCAAGCUGCCCUCCGGAAGCGACGUCGAGGAGAAGCGCUUCCUCGUCGCGGGGCCUGCGACGAUGUUGUACGCAGAUGCAGUGAAGACGCUUUUGGAGGAACGUCCGGCUCUGAAGAACAGGUUCCCGACGCGCGAGAACGCGCCGCCGCUCCCGGGGCCCCUGUCGACGGUCGACACGACGCGUGCCAAAGAGGUGUUGGGCAUGAGGGAGUACAGGGGAGCAAAGGAUACCCUGCUCGAGACCAUAGACGUGUUGUUGGAGGUUGAGAAGACUUGGCAGUAA